UGUUCCUUGGAGCUUCAAGAUGGUUGCCCUAAAAUUCGCUUUAUGUCUGGCCCUCGUCGCUUCCUCUGCUUUGGCUGAAAAACUCGGAGGAGGACAUGGAGGUCACGGUGGUUCUAUUGGAGGACAUGGUGGUGGACUUGGAGGACAUAGUGGUUCAUUCGGUGGCCACGGAGGAUCAGUAGGAGGCCACGCUGGUUCUUUCGGAGGUCACUCUGGUGGUUUUGGAAGUCAUGGAGGCAUCUCCGGAGGACAUGGUGACAGUUUUGGAGGUCAUGGCAGCAGCCUUGGUGGUCACAGCAACUCCCUUGGAGGCUUCGGCGGCGGCUCCUUUGGAGGACACGAUAGUUCCUUCGGAGGUCACGGUGGAUCCCUUGGCGGUCACGGUGGAUCCAUUGGAAGCAAAGGUGGCUCCGAGGUGGCUCCUUUGGAGGACACGAUAGUUCCUUCGAGGUCACGGUGUCCCUUGGACGGUAAAGGUGCCCUCGGAGGACACGAUAGUUCCCUUUGGAGGUCACAGUGGAUCCCUUGGAGGUCAGUGGAUCCCUUGGAGGUCACGGUGGGUCCCUUGGAAGCAAAGGUGGCUCCUUUGGAGGUCACAGCAGUUCCUUUGGAAGUCACGGUGGUGCCAUUGGAGGCCACAGUGGAUCCCUCGGAGGUCACGGUGGAUCCCUUGGAGGUCACGGUGGAGCCAUUGGAGGUCACGGUGGAGCCAUUGGAGGUCACGGUGGAUCACUUGGUGGUCACGGUGGCUCCUUUGGAGGACACAGUGGUUCCUUUGGAGGACACGGAGGUUCCGUAG